AUUUGUUUUUAGUUGACUGCAGUUGACUGUAGUUGACGACUUGACGUUCAAAGGCAAAGGGUUAAGUCGAAUGUUCAUUUACAAAUAAUCAUGUUCCCAACACUUCGUAAUUCGAGUAGAACGAAAAUAUCAUCGGUUUGCAAUUUUCAUUCUGCACUUGUACAAUGUGUCAAAGAAAAAACAUUUUCUGAAAAAUUAGAAAAUGGUCCAGAUUUUGAAGACUUUAUCAAUGGAAAUGAGAAUGAAUACAAUGGAAAAUUAAAAUUAGAGAAAGGAGAUAAAUCUCGUUUAAGGUUGCCACCUUGGCUUAAAACAGAGAUACCUGUGGGUAAAAACUAUGCUAGAUUAAAGUCACAACUGAGACAGUUACGGUUAAGUACUGUAUGCGAAGAGGCACGAUGUCCUAACAUUGGAGAAUGUUGGGGAGGUGAUAAACAUGAAACAGCAACUGCUACUAUUAUGUUAAUGGGCGAUACAUGUACCCGUGGUUGUCGUUUCUGUUCUGUAAAAACAUCACGUACACCUUUACCAUUAGAUCCAGAAGAACCAGUAAAUACAGCAACAGCUAUAACAGACUGGGGUUUGGAUUAUAUUGUACUCACAUCUGUUGAUCGAGAUGAUUUAACCGAUGGUGGAGCAAAUCAUAUUGCAGAAACAGUGAAAGAAAUUAAGAAGAGAAGCAAUAUUUUAGUGGAAUGUUUAGUACCAGAUUUUAGGGGAAAUCAAAAUUCCAUUGCAACAAUUGUUGAUUCUAAUCUUGAUGUUUUUGCUCAUAACAUUGAAACUAUUGAACGUUUAACACCAUUUGUUAGAGACAGGAGAGCUGAGUAUAGACAAUCACUGAACGUCUUGAAAACAGCAAAAACACUUAAUCCAGAGUUGAUUACAAAAUCAUCGAUAAUGUUGGGAUUAGGCGAAACCGAUGAAGAAAUUGAACGAACCAUGAAGGACUUGAGAGAUGUAGGUGUUGGUGCUUUAACUCUUGGACAGUACAUGCAACCUACAAAAAGACAUUUAAAAGUUAUUGAAUACGUCACGCCCGAAAAGUUUAAAAAAUGGGAAAAUGUAGGAAAUGAAAUGGGAUUUUUAUAUACUGCUAGUGGUCCAUUAGUAAGAUCAUCUUAUAAAGCUGGAGAGUUUUUCUUAACAAACAUAUUAAAAAAGCAUAGAGAUGAGAAGACUGAGAAGCAAUAAAAAUACUAUUUUAUUAUGACCACAAUCAAGAUCAUAGAUGUGUAUUUAUAUAUAUUAUAAACUGUAAAGUUGAAUAGGCUAUUAAAUAAAUUGUAUCUAAAUGCAUGUAAAUUAUAUAGCGGAAUCUGUAUGGCAAUAAAUGCUAUUAUAUCAAAUGUGAUAGUAAUAAUAGUGCAAAUACAAAUUUUGAACACAAAAUGCAUAUUCAUUUUAUAUGUAUACAUAUAAUAU